ACAGAAGAAGAUUAUGCCACUUUUUGGGACUCUCGCGCGAACAAGUGAAUACCGUUGUAUGACAUCUCUCUUAACUUAGCACGUGAGUUGUGUAAGGUUUCUUUUUUUUUUUUUUUUUUUGUGGUGUUGUAAGAUUACAUGCUUGGCUUAUAGGUAAAGUAGGCUAUACUUUACUUUACGCGCGCGUCUCUGACUGGUGCAUGAGUUAUUGUCGUAGUCAACAAUGCCAAUCAUGCGGUGCAUAGACAUUGACUUGCUAUUUUGAGUGCUAAAAGCAAAUAUCCGCAAAAAUUGAUCUUCGGUACUCUGAUGGAUCCAAAGAAAAGUACCAAGAAUGGUGUGGAGGACAGCACAGGCAGUAGUGAUGAAGAUAUGGAUAUCUGUGACCGGGACAGUGUGGCUAGCAGUGUGGACAGCACAGCAGAGGAAAUGUUUAUGGAUGGCCUUGACUCGGUUCUAGAUCAGCCUUCACCUGGCAUUUACCCACCAGAGGAGGACUGUGAUUCAGAGGUCAGCCUACAGCAGAGAAAAAGAUCCCGUCUGUCCUCCACAUCUGCUAAAAGAAGUUGCAGGGAGAGUGAAAAUGAUGAUUUCUCUGGUGUAUCAACAGAAAGGUGGCGCAACUCCGAUGAAGUAGAUGAUGAGCCACCUUGCAUAGAUUUCACUCCUGUCCAAGAACCUGGCCCUCAGAUUUUUCCGAAUAAGUGUAAAAGUCCUCUGCAGUUUUUUCAACUGUUGUUUCCAAAAACGAUGUUGCAGAGCAUUGUAGGGCACACAAAUGGAUAUGGGACCAAGUGCAGAGAUGUGGGUGACCGUUGGCUCUACAUUUCUCUAAAAGACUUGAAGUCGUACAUAGCACUGGUAAUUUACACAGGUCUCGUGAAGUGCUCUUUGCUGACAGAAUAUUGGAGGGAGUCCCAGUACUUCAGUCCAUCCUUUCCUGCACAGGUCAUGUCUUAUCAAAAAUUUCUGACAAUCGCCAAUGCUCUUCAUUUCAGUAAUAUCAAGGAAGAUGAGAUAAAUGACUCGAAAAAGGGAACAGCAGCCUUUGAACGGCUGGGUAAAAUUCUACCUCUGUAUCAACUCAUUAGGGAGGUUUGCAAAACUUACUUUCAUCCCUUUCAGAACAUCACCAUUGAUGAAAGAAUAGUGGCAGCACAGCCUAGAAAGCCUGGAAUCAAACUAGGCAUCGAAAACAACUCUACAGAUAGAGGGUACAAACUCUUUGCACUGACAGACUGCACCUGCGGCUAUACAUGGGACUUCUUUAUUCACGAGGGGAAGUCAUGUUCGUCACAGAGCGAGGGCUUGAGUUACGAGUCCGUUAUGUCAUUGGUGGAUGAAAAUAUGUUGGGCUCUGGGUACAAACUGUUUGUAGACAAAUUUUACACCAGUCCAACACUCUUCAGGGACCUUCUGGGUAAAAAGGUCUGGGCUUGUGGCCCUGUUUUGCCGACCAGGAAAGGUUUUCCAAAAAACUCUGUGAACAGACUGUCAAGGAACGCUCCACGUGGCACCAUGCGCUGGAUUAGGAAUGAUGAGUUGUUGUUUGUUGAGUGGAAAGGAUCCCAGGAAGUGCAGAUGUGCUCUACAUUUCAUAAAGCCUAUGAAGGUGAUACUGUGCAGAGGAAGGUGAAGGGUGAUGCACAUUGUACCCUUGUGGAGGUCCCCAUUCCAGCUGUGGUGUUGGACUACAACAGGAAUGUGGGGACAGUGGAUCCAUCCAGUUUCAUUACUGGACAUUACAGAGUGCUACAUAAACCGAAAAAGUGGUAUCAGUGUGUGUUUUAUCACCUUUUGGACAUCACCGUAGAGAAUGCGUUUAUUUUGCAUGAACUGGUGGCAGAGAGAAAAAAAAAAAAACCUCUGACACGGAAGGCAUUCCUCGAGAAGCUUGUUCUAGAGCUCACAGAAAUGGAUGAUGAGAACAGGUCUGACGCUGCACCAGUUUCCUCUGCUCAUCCUCCAGCUCCAUUGUCAUCAUCUCCUCCUUCUCCCUCUUCUCCCAAAUCAUCUGUUACUGAAGGAUCCCACAAGCCCAAGUACUUCAUGUCGGACAGUACUGUUGGUAGACGCAAGUGCAGGCUCUGCCACCAGAAAACUCCAAUCAUGUGUGGGACUUGCGAAGUGCCGUUGUGCUUUCAACCCAGGCGUGACUGUUUUAAUCAGUGGCAUGAAGCCGACUGAUUCAUGACUGUGUUCAAUUUAAAUGGAUGUUAAUUUUACCUACUUAAUUUCAUGACACUCACUUGAAUAUUCAAAUAAAACUCUUUUGUUUUAAAAUUAAA